AUGUCGAUAUUGACAAUACAACAACAGUCGAUCAUUAAAAACACAUUCCUACCAAAAAUUUCACAAAAUCGUUUACCUCUUGUUCAUGUUUUAACAUCAAUAACCGAUAAUGAUGAACAAAAAAUUGAACCAUUUCAAUUUGGAAGAACAAUUAAAUUUUUUCAAGAUCCACAUACGUCUCAUCUAGUCGAUCGACGUGUUCAUCUUUGUCAUAAAUUAUAUCGACAUCACAAAAAUGGAUACGUUUUAAAAGAUUUACACAAUCUUAUGAAAAUGUUGAACAUUCUUGCAGAUCUUUGUCAACAACAAGCACUUUUUAUUGAUCCGUUUAUAAAUAUUCUCAAGAAUUGUUCAAAACCAUUUCUAUUAGAUAAAGCAACAGAUGCAGAAAUUUAUUCAUCUGCAUUAAUUUCUUUUUAUGCAGAUUUUGGAUAUCUUCUUCGUAUACAAAAUAAACGUAUACAACAAUGUAUUCUUGAAACACUUUAUAAAUCAAUUCAAUCAACAAAUAAAUCAUCAAUAGCUGAAGAUAAUUAUGAUGGUCUAAGGCCAACACCAAUUAAUUAUUUACUACGCACACAAUGCAAUAGUGAUCUUUGUGAAACACUUGUUAAAGCACUUUCAAUGGUAGAAAAUGAAUUAUCACUUCGUAUUGAUAUCAUAAAAUUAUUACAAAUUUAUUCAUCGAAAUCUUCUAAUUGUGUUGCAAGAAUGUUGACUCAUGAUUGUAUAAAUCGUUUAGUAUCAAGAAUGAAUGAGCCUGAUCCAUCAGGAGAACUUUUAUUUCGUACAAUUGACUUAUUAUGGAAUUUACUUGAAUAUGGUACCGAUGAACAAAUUUGUGAUCAAUUAAAUUCACGUGUUACUAUAAGUCUUCUAAAAGAAGCUUUUUUUGGUCAAAUUACGCAAAGUCAUGGUCAAUAUCAUCGUCAAUUAAGAAAUGAUAUUCUUGUUGUUUGUUCUCUUAUUUUUAAUAUUAAUCCCAAUGCUCCAGUCAUUGAAACCGGUUUCGCUAAGCAAUUACUUUUGUUUGCUUCUUAUCCUGAAUUACGUAGUAAUAGUCCAUUAGUAAAAAAUUUUAAAUUAACAACGUGUGAUGAAGAUUUUGAAUUUAAAAAAUUAUUAUUUAAUACAGUUGUUAUACUUAAUCGUAACCCGAUGAUGCAUGAAUUAGUGAUUAAUAGUCGAAUUAUACUUGCUUUUUUAUCUUAUAUUGAACCUUUACCAAGAAAAAAAGAUCCUCAAAGAAAUACAUUUGAAUGGAAAAUAUCACAAUUUGAAGAUCUUCAAUUACAUGCACUUGUAACUCUUUCAAUUCUUUUACCAUAUUCAUUAAAUGAAUAUUUUGAAUAUGGUGUUGGUACAAGACUUUUAGUAUUUUAUGAAUGGACAAUCAAUAAUGAGGAAUAUAAAAGUGAAGGAAAUAGUUUUUUUGCUAAAGGUGGUCGAAAUAAUAAACGAUCACAAUUAAAAUAUAUAUUUCGAUUAUUUCGUAGUCUUGUUUCAACAAAAGAUGAACGUAUUUAUAUUGAUUUAUGUGAUCAAGGAAUUAUUCCAUCGAUUGCUGGAUAUUUGAGAAUUAUGACUCAACAAACUUCGAUUCAUAUUGAUCAUGUAGAUUUAGAUAUUAUUUGUGAUGGAUUAUUUAUUUUAAGUUGUUUAGGAGAAUUAGAUGUUCAUAGAAAAGAAAUCUUUGGUUCUGAAGGUAUUGAAAUGUUAAUUCAAAUACUUUCAAUAGAAUGUCCAUAUGUUUGUGGUGGUCUUGGUUAUCAUCGUUUACUUGUUGCAGCUAUAGAUUGUGUAUGGUGUUGCGUUGUUGGUAGUGUUAUCAAUGAAGAUGAAUUUAUUCAAAAACAAGGAGUUUUUGCUUUACUGGAUUUAAUUGAAACAAAUCCAAAAUCUUUACAAAAUAUUAUACUUGGUUGUGUAUUAGAUUUAACAGAAAAUACAAAAUGUCUUCAUUUCAUAAUGGCAUGGCAAGGACGUAAACAAGAAUAUAUUACACAUGUACUUUGUGAAUUAUGGCGAGAUGAAGAACGUGAAACUUAUGUUACUCGAACAGAUAAAGGUGUCAUUAGUGAUCAUACAAAACCAUUAAUGGGUCUUCUACAACAAUCAGUACCAUUAACAUCAUUGAAACGUUUUGAACCAUCACGAUCAGUUUUAGAUUUAAUUGAUAAUAUGAGAUCAAAAAUUUAUGGAUUUUUUUGUAAAUUAGGUUUUAGUGAAUUACCUGGUUUACAUGAAGAAGAUUAUAUUACAAUAUGUAUAAUUGAAAAUUUUCUUGAUUUUAAAAUGGGUGAAAUAUGGCAAGAAAUUAUUACUGAACUUGAUAUGGAAGGUGUAAAAUUAAUUGCACAUGAUAAUGAAGCAACAGAUACUAUUUUACGAGCUACAGAAGAACGUGCAUUAGCUGUGGUUGCAACACAAAAUUAUAUCUUAGAACAAUAUCAUAAAUAUGAUUUACAAAUUGAAAAAGAAUUUUAUAAUGAAUUAAUAAAAAAUCAUGCAUUUCAAGAAAAACGACUUGAACAAUGGAAAUCAUUUGUUGCACGUACAUCAAAAUAUCCAUUAUUGAUGGUAGCAAAAGAUUCUCAAAAUCAAGCUAUUCGACAAUCACGACCAGAAGAAAAAGAUUAUUCCGGUUAUCAUACAGUUCAUAAUUUGGAAAUUCCGAAUAUAUCAAUAACAGCUUUUACUGGUCCAUUUUUAAAAAUUGAAAGUACACCAGUAGAAAUUUUGAAUAGAAAAUGA